AUGGGCCGCUCCGCCGCCUGGUCGCUGCAGGCUCCGCGCUGCCCAGGGCUCUGGCCGCCCCUUCUCUGGGCCCUGUUCUGCUUCUGCGUCUUGGCGCGGCCCCUGCGGGCUGGGGGCUUCAAGAAGAGGGGACCCACCGUGACUGCCAAGGUGUUCUUUGAUGUGAAGAUCGGAGAGAAAGAGGUUGGCAGAAUUGUAAUUGGCUUGUUUGGAAAAGUUGUCCCGAAGACUAUUGAGAACUUCAUUGCACUGGCAACUGGGGAAAAAGGAUAUGGGUACAAAGGAAGUAAAUUUCAUCGUGUGAUCAAAGAUUUCAUGAUUCAAGGUGGAGACUUCACAGCUGGAGAUGGAACUGGAGGAACAAGUAUCUAUGGAGAGAGGUUUCCAGAUGAGAACUUUAAACUCAAGCACUAUGGAAUUGGAUGGGUUAGCAUGGCUAAUUCUGGUCCAGAUACCAAUGGUUCUCAGUUCUUCAUCACUGUGACAAAACCUUCCUGGCUGGAUGGAAAACAUGUAGUAUUUGGCAAAGUUAUUGAUGGAAUGUCUGUGGUGCACGCUGUAGAACUUCAGCAGACAGAUGAACAUGACCGCCCUCUUCAAGACUGUGUGAUCGUGAACAGUGGCAAAAUAGCUGUAAAAGAACCAUUUGUAGUUGAAGUAGAGGAUUGAUGAACUCAACAGCUACCCUGGAAGAGAAAAUAUAAUGGCUUUUUCUUUUGGGGAUAAAAUUUGGGUGCAGAUAUAAAUUAUCCAGUGACUUCUUCCAUAUAAAUGCUCAAUGCUGUCAGCAAACAAUGCGGUAAACUCAGCAGCUGUAAGAUGUGCAAAGCUUCUAUGUAUUUAUGUUGAAACUUCAGGGAACCAGCACUUUUUUAAAUAUAAGGGACAUGUCACUAAAACCUAGAGCUGGUUGAAAAUCAUGAAAAAUUGUUUUCAUUUUGCAGUGUUUGAACAUGGUUUCAUUUUCUGUUUUGUCAUGAAAUUUUCCACAUUUGUUACUGGCAUUUUCAUUGAAAUCCAUACAUACUGAAAACCAGAUCUUUGAUAAACAA